CGAGUAUCAACAGCCGUCGAUAUCGACAACUUGUGUGCGACAAAACUGGCGCAGCUCUCAGCUGAUGAAUGUGCGGUUGAUAAGGGAGGCGGAGAUCAACAGAUAAAAUAAAUCAACGUGGCCCCGCUGGAAUAUUUUGGUGAAUUUUUAAUUGUUCAUCUGUGUAUUCCUCAGUGAUUGCUCAUCUUCCUGUUCAAAAUGAUGGAGGGAGGAGCCUUUGGUGGUGCCAAGAUGGGUGCAGCCUUUGACCCUAUUGCCUUCAUUCAAAGGCCACAGGUCAUCUUAAGAGCACUUUGUUUGCUGUUCUCCAUCAUCAUCUUCGGCUGCAUCUCCUCGCAAGGCUGGUACGAGGAUGACGAUAUGAAGCAGGUGUGCAUGUACAACCAGAACAGUGGCGCCUGCAACUACGGGACCGGCAUCGCCGUCAUCGCCUUCCUCGCCUGCUUCGCCUUCAUUGCCGGCGAGUUCUUCUUCAGCCGCAUGUCGUCCGUCAAGACGCGCAAACACUACGUGCUGGCCGACCUCGGAUUCUCCGGAUUCUGGACGUUCCUGUUCUUCGUGUCGUUCUGCUUCCUGACCAACUCCUGGAGCAACACGGAGGGCGUGCCGACAGCCAACGACAAGAACCCCGUCCAGGCCGCCAUCGCCUUCACCUUCUUCUCCAUCUUCACAUGGGGCGCGCUGGCCUACCUGGCCUACCUGCGCUUCAAGCAGGGCACGGGUAACGAGUUCGCCACUGGCUACGAUCAGCAGGAGGGCGGUGUGCCGGGCGGCGCCGGGUACGCCGGCUACCCGGGCGCCAUGGACGGCUCUGCCGACCAGUCCGGCUACCAGGAGCCGCCCUUCUCGCAGCCCCAGGACCCCGCCGGCACCGGCAACUUCCAGCCGCCGGCCUACUAGGCGCGGCGACUGAGUGACGGCACUGGCGGUACCCGGCCGGCCGAGCCCCGGUCUGCGGAGCCCGCGCCGCCGAGGUCUCCGGCUCGACUGUCCCGACCGGCGGGUAUCCCCGCAGCCGGCGGAUCUCGGGUCUCGCCGCCGGCAGCAUCGCGCACAGACGCCGGUGUCCUCCCCGUACCGCCGGAUCCGCAGGUAUCCGGAUCCGUAGGGCGGCAUCCGGAUCGCUCCGGGCUGCGGCAGUUGUUUUAUCCAGAUCGGCGUGUGUGUGAUUAUUUACAUUCGACUAUGUGAUAUCAGUUGGGCCGCGGCCGCCGGCGCAGUCCGCCGCCCCGGGCAUUGCCGUAUCAAUAUUCAUGUUAUUCGUCUCUGGAUCUGUUCAAUUGUACUCUCAGUUCUCCUAUUUUGUUUAUCCCGCGCCCCCGAGCGCCCGGCCGUCUGGUCUGAGUGCUGGUUUGUUUUCUCGGUUGUUUGGGCCAGCAUUAAAUGUUUACGGGACUGCAUGCGUCCUGGAGCUCCUAGUCAACGGCAAGUAAUAAGUAGAAUAGCUCAUUGAAUAAGACAGCUAGUCGGUUACAGGCGCUCGCUGGCGCGGCCGGGCCGCCGCCGCGUCGGCUUUGUGUAGCGGUAGUGGUGUCUUAGCGCGCUGUGUGGUGUGUGCCGUGUGGGUGUGGGUGUGUGCCGGCAGGUUAUCCCCCGGUUAUAGUUACUGCCACCGCGCGAUAGGUGACUGCCCGCCGCGCGGUACUGAUUAAAUCACCUAUUUAUUUAGGUAUUCCGAGCUGAUUAACCGGGGAGGGUUCCCGUGUAUCACAGUCGGCGCGGCGUGGGUUGGGUUGUAAUCCAGCGAGUCCCAUAUCAGUUAUCUCUCGGUUGUUGGUUGGUUGUUGGUUUGACUGCGGCGCUCGGUUUUCACCAGUGAGUGGAUCGGACACCUGUCUGGCCAGCUGUCCCAGCUGGGCGCUCUCCCACUCUCUCCUCCCCUCCGCUCUCUCCGGCGCCUCAGCCCCUCUACAACUGUGGGAGAUUGCCGCGGCAAGUAGAGGCUCUUUGUCGCUGGCGUACACUGAGUGUGGCUGCGUACUAAGCCUGGAUCGUGACGUGUAGCUGUUAGCUAUGUCGUAGUCUCCCCUCUCUCUCUCUCUCUCUCUCUCUCUCUCUCUCUCUCUCUCUCUCUCUCUCUCUCUCUCUCUCUCUCUCUCUCUCUCUCUCUCUCUCUCUCUCUCUCUCUCUCUCUCUCUCUCUCUCUCUCUCUCUCUCUCUCUCUCUCCGUGUUAGCUGUUGCAGAGUUCCUCCGUCGCCGUAUCUCUCCCUGUGCUGGUGUGGGGGUUCAUAAUACCGUAUCACUCCCGUUUGUCUGUCUGUCUGUCUGUGUGGUUACCUGCUGCUAUUGUGAGAGCGCUAGUGCGGCCGCCGGCCAUGCUGUGUAUCUGUGUAGCACGCUUCUGCGUAUCCAUACAUCUCUGUCGGUCUGACAGCCGUCACCGUGACAGCUCCUGUCUGUCACCGGGCCGGACCUCGGCUGAUGCGCCUCGUCCGAGGCCCGCGGAGGGGCCGUGAACACCCAUACGAGACCCAUGUUGGACCCGUCGGGCCCGGUCAGUCUGUAGGGAGACGGAGCGACGCUAGCGCCGCCCCUCGCCAGAAAGCAGAAAUACAGUGUUGUUGUCGGAA